UAACAGACACGCCCCACAUAUCAAGGAAACCUUCAGAGCAGCUGGCUGUGUGCUCAGGGCUUACUAACGGAAACACCAUGAUGAAUGUAAUAUUCUUCCUCUUGCUCCUGCGCUGUCAUGUCGCAACUUCAGUGAGACACUCGCUGGAAUAUCUUGUCACUGCGUCGUCACCAAUCCAAGACUUUCCAGAGUUUGUGGCCAUCGCGGUGGUUGAUGGAGUCCAAAUUGGAUAUUGUGACAGCAUCACCAAGACAGGAACACCUACACAGGACUUUGUUAAAGAGUUAAUAAAGGUUCAUCCAGAAUACCUGAAGAUGUAUACUCAAUUUUGCCUUGCUUGGAUACAAAUCUUCAAAGCACAGAUUCACCAUCUAAAGGAAGUCUUCAACCAAACAGAAGGUGUCCACGUUCUUCAGUACUUAAUUGACUGUGAGGGGGACGACGACACUCCAAAGGCUGUUGGUUUUGUCCGGUAUGGUUAUGAUGGAGAGGACUUAAUGACAUUGGACCUGCAGAAGAUGACAUGGAUUUCUCCAAAGCACCACAUGUCCGCCAGCCAACUUGGAUGGGAUACCAAUACAGCUCAUAUAAGACAUGUUGUGUAUGGCUUCACAGCGGUAUGCUCCAUGUCGCUGGAAACGAUUGUGCAACAUGCAGCGUUCCUUCUGCAGAGAAUAGACCUCCCCUCAGUAUCUCUCCUCCAGAAGUCUCCCUCCUCUCCAGUCACCUGCCACGCUACAGGUUUCUACCCUGACGGAGCCGUGAUGUUCUGGAGGAAAGACGGAGAGAAGCUUUUUGAGGACGUGGACCACGGAGAGAUCCUCCCCAACAAUGAUGGAAGCUUCCAGAUCAGUGUGAAGCUGAACAUUACCUCAGUGAAACCUGAAGACUGGAGGAGGUACGAAUGUGUGUUUCGGCUCUCCGGUGUUAAGGACGAUAUCGUCACCAAACUGGAGGAAGCAGCGAUCAGAAGCAACGAAGGCUUUGGGUUUCCUACCGGUCCGGUCACUGGAGUCAUUGUAGGACUGCUGCUCCUGUCAGUCAGCAUCGCUGGACUUCUAAUCUGGAGGAAGAACAAACAUGGGUUCCAGCUCGCUAACUGGGGGGCAAGGAUCAUCAGAUGAGGAAGCUGAACUCCAGGGAGUGAGGAGCUAACUGUUGACUGUUGUGAUAUCUCCAUGUUACGUUGUUUGUCAUUUUCUAUGCACUCAAAAAAAGGAAUGAGGUGAGUUAUGUAUUCUGUCUGUCAAAGCACUUUGUUAACCCUUGUUUUAAAGUUGUUAUGUAAAUAAAGUAAUAUUGUUGAUUAUGAA